UCGCUCAUUUUUUGUUUUUUCAUUUUCCGAUAGCGUGCCGAUGAAUGAGUGUGAAAUAAUAUAUGUAUUACUUCUGAAAUCCUUCUCACGGCUGAUUCUGUGUUAGGAUUUUGACUGUUGGGACGUUGACACAAGCGCUUGGUCACUUGAAAAAAUCUCAAGUUCUCGGUGAAAUUUCCGGUUGGUCAGAUGAACACCAUUUAUUGCAGAACUUUGAAACAACUUAUAUUCCCAGCCCGGACCCAAUUUUAUCCAACCUGGUAUUGGCAUAAUAAAUGCCAUAAUAAUGAUUGAUUGAGAAGAGUUGAGUAGUGUUUAACAAUUUCAAUAUCAACCCGUUCGUAACUAUUAAGAGUAUGGAGGAAUACUACUCAUGUAUUUGUUGCAUGAUGCGUCCUCCGGACAAAGGCCUCAAAACGCUAUACAAUCAUCUCGGCAAAGCGGAGAUAUAUGAUGACAUGCUGAGAGAAUGCUUCAAUUUAAAUCUAAUUUUCGUCAAUGAUGAGUGUGGGAUCUGCGAGGUGUGUGUGGGCGGCUGCGAGACGCGAGCGACUUCAAGCUGCAAGUGCAGCGCGUGCAGGGAGUGCUUCACGCGAAGCUCCAGGGAACAUUGCCUGACACUCCGGUCGACAACUUCAAAAUAAAGCUAGAGAAACCAACUGGAUAUGACCCCAUUUCGCAGCUCUCCGUGUUGGCCGACGGGAUCAAGCAGGAGAGCGCAGAGCAGACGGCUGUUAACAACGUGCCAGUUUCAUUGCAAAAAGGAUGUCCAGCGCCUGUCGCUCAACCCGUUCCUACCGCGUCUCCCAGCGUCUCCGCGCCCGCUCCAAACGUUCCCAAGCGCAGCUCACAUGCUGGAGACAAACCUUACGAGUGCAAAAUAUGUAACAAAAGAUUCGGACAGAAAGGCCACUUCAAUGCACACUACGCAAACCAUAUUGGAAAAUACAAAUUCACCUGUGAAAUAUGCAAGAGAGGAUUCGUACACAAACAUCAAUAUCUUACUCAUAUGCGGAUACACAGCGGUGAAAAACCAUACGAAUGUGAUAUAUGUAACAAGAAAUACAGACAUAAAGGCCAAUUAAACUUACAUAAGAGUAAACAUUUUAAAUACGAUCAGAAUCAGUUGGAGCCAGGAGAAAUAACUACACGUCAAAAUGAAUGUCCAGAAGAAUUGGAAGGUCAAGGACCUGCAAAAGGUUUUACAUGUGAUAUAUGCAAAAAACAAUUUGGGGAUAAAAAAUAUUUAGAAGCUCAUUCAAAACAUCACACUGGUGAUUAUCGAUUCUCAUGCGACAUUUGUGAAAAGAAAUUUAACACUCAGUUCGCUUUGAAUACUCAUAAAGUCGACCACGCCGGAGGAAGACCUUUUAAGUGUGAAAAAUGUAACAAAGGAUACACAACGAAAGGUGCUUUAAAUCUACAUUACAAAGUUCACAAUGAGGACUAUAAAUACGCGUGCCAUCUGUGCAGUAAACGUUUCAUGAUAAAAGAAAUAUUAAACGUCCAUAUGCGCGUACACACAGGGGAAAAGCCUUAUACAUGUUUAACAUGCGAAACUAAGUUUCGCUAUAGAUAUAGCUUGAAACGACAUCUAUUGGAUAAACACAACCAAAUUAUGGACAAACAGUUCGCUUGUGAUAAAUGUGACAAACGAUUUGCUUUACAAGGAACUUUAGCAAAACAUAUGAACAAACACACUCGGAAGGAAAUUGCUGAAAAAAAGAGAAAGAUAGAAAAGGAAACGGGAGAGAAAAAGGACGAACUAGCAUUUAUGUGUGAAAUAUGCAGCAGAAGAUUCUCCACGAAAGGUAUUCUAAAAACCCAUAUAAAUACACAUGGGGAAGAAAAGCCUUUCGAAUGUGCACUGUGUCAUAAACACUUCCGAACUAAGAUGAACUUACAAGACCAUAUGCAGGUUCACGAGGAAAAAAAACACUUCUGUGAAGUAUGCGGUCAGCCAUUCAGACACAAGUCAGCCUUGAAUGUUCAUAUUCGAAGAAUGCACUCCGGAAACAGACCACAUGUUUGUGAUAUUUGUAAGAAGAGUUUUGUAGUUCUUGCUGAACUAAAAAUCCAUCAACGGAUACACACUGGAGAAAAGCCGUAUGCUUGCGAAAUAUGUUGUAAGAAAUUUCAGGGGCUUAGAAAAGUUAAGAAUCAUCUGAAAAAUGUCCACCACGAGCCGCCUACGAGAUAUGUUAUAUUGACAGAAUUUAAUCAAUACGACUAAAUUAAAAAUUACUUGUUAUGUAAAAUACAUUAGAUAGUAUGGACUUUAAGAAAUACUAUCAUUUUUGAAGUUAUAUAGUCAACAAAGAAGUGUUACUAACUUACUAUAAAAAAAAACUUACUAUAUAACUUCAACAUUUUAUGAGCGUAAGUUUUAAGAGAAAUAAUUUUUGUUAUACUAGUUAUAUUUCGAAAUUUAUCCUUGUUUGGAGGUACAUGAUUGUACAAAAAAGUAAAUGCAAAUUAGUUAUUCUACGAAAUGAGUGUUAGAAUUGAUAUUUAUGUUACAUGAUGCUUUGUUGAUGUUUAUUAUUACGACAUGAUUACACUGAUUAAAUAAGCAAUGCCACGUGUUUAUGUAUUACCUACUUUAGAUUUGGCACUUGUUAUGUUAUGAUUGAGGAGUGUCUU